CAGUUGCUUCUAAAGGUAUUUUCUGGUUGUUUAUGCAAGGUAGGAAAGCAGCAAGAGAACUUGUCUUUGAUCCUGAAAUAGAGAAAACAGCUAAAGCAAACAGAAAAGCAGUUCGGUUAGCCCGAGAGGUUGCCCGGUUAGCAGGUGUUGCACAAGAAAGUAGUGAACAAGUGGUUUCUAGUCCAGACACAUCGGACAACGAAGCCAACAUCAUGGCUGGAAAUCCACCACCGCCUCCACCAGUUGUGCCUGAAAGGACGUUAGGUGACUUUGGCCAAAGAAACAACGGAGAGCUUGCCAAUCUGGGUUUUCAACCUAGGAAUCCCGUGUCUUUUGACAUCAAGAAUUCAGUGCUCAGCGCCCUUAAAGAAAAUCAAUACUCAGGGGCUGAAACACAGUGCCCAAAUCUCCAUCUUGAGCAUUUCUAUGAAGCAUGUGAUUACACAGAUCCACCAGGUGUAACCGCAUCGGAUAAGAGGUUGAGGCUCUUUAAGUACUCUUUAACUGGAAGAGCAAAAGAUUGGUUAGACACAAUACCUCCGAAUACUAUUAACACUUGGCAAGAGUUGGAGAUGAAGUUUAUGGAUAGGUAUUUUCCUAUUCAUAAGUACCUUGAAAGAAGGCAAGACAUAACAAGCUUUGAACAAGGAGAUUCUGAAACUCUAUAUGAUGCAUGGGAAAGAUUCAAACUUUAUCUGAAGAAAUGUCCUAAGCAUGGGCUCGAUAAUCAUACCCAGAUGCAGCACUUCACUCAAGGGUUGAGAGCUCAAACUAGAAUGUUCUUGGAUGCAUCAGCAGGUGGGUCUUUGAAGAAUAAGAAUCAAACUCAAGCUAGAGAGUUGAUUGAAUCCAUGGCUCAAAAUGAAUACCGAGUUCAAAAUGAUAGAGGUGCAAAGAAAAAGGGUGGUAUGCUAGAGCUUGAUACACAAACUGCUCUUCUAGCACAAUCCACUUUGAUGAAUUCUCAAAUGGCGGCUAUGUUGAAACAUUUCACCAACUCUUCCAAUUCCCAAUUGCAAGUAAGGGCAACUCAAGAUUUGAAGUGUGAUUUUUGUGGGCAAGGUCAUGCCAAUGGUGAAUGUUUUCCUGAAGGUUCGGAGGAAGCUAAAUAUUUAGCUAAUUUCAAGAGGAGCAAUCCAAAUCAUGACCCGUAUUCGAACACUUAUAAUCCGGGUUGGAGAGAUCAUCCAAACUUUGGUUGGGGAGGAAAUCAAGGCUCUUCUCAAUCUCAACAACAAUCAUCUUCACAAAGUUCUCAACAAAGGAAACCGUCUCAACUGGAAGAUACUCUUUCUCAAUUUAUCAAGGUGACUCAAGGAAAUUUUGAAGCAAUGAAGAUUAGCCAAGACCAAAUGAAAGCUAACCAAGAUAUUGCUAACAAGAAUCAUGAAGCUUCGAUUAAAAACCUUGAAAAUCAAAUGGGUCAAUUGUCAAGACAAUUCUCGGCUACUCAAAAUAACGGCUUUGAAGGUUCUACAAAAGACAACCCAAGGAAUGAAACUUGCAAGGCGAUCAACUUAAGAAGUAGAGUGGUUCCUUCACCGGAGGUCGAGAUGAAGAAAAAAAAAAAUGAGAUUGAAGGUGAGAUAGAAGAAGUAGUCGAAAAUGAGAGAGAGAAAAAAAUUCAAAAAGAGAGUGAUGAGAAGUUAGUUGAAAAGAACCACACUUUGAAGAAAGAUCAAAGCUUAGAAAAGAAGGAUAGCAACAAAGGGGAAAACACUUCAUUCCAUGCCAAGUUGCCGUAUCCGCGAAAGAAGAAGGCUACGGAGAAAGAGCACCAACACUUCAAAAAUUUCAUGAAAAUGCUUCAUAGUCUCCAAGCGAAUAUUCCUUUUGCAGAGGCUUUGGAACAAAUGCCCAUAUAUGCGAAAUUUAUGAAGGAGCUUUUGACAAAGAAGUGA